CGGACUGUGGGAUCCGUGGGACUGAAUCCACCGCCGUCCUCUCUCUCCUACAGACUUUUUUUUUUUUUUUUUUUUUUUUUUAACAUUUUAUCCUCAUCUUCAUCUUCAUCAUGGCCAACAGGACGAGCCCCCUCCUGUUGAAGGCUCUUCUGGAGCUGACUGAAGCCCACUCCUCCAAAGCCCUGCGUGGAACCUCCAAAAGACCAAACAUCAGAUAUUUGAGUUCCUGUGGUGUUUUGGCAGCAAGGAGGCCCAGUCUGCCCCUCUUCCCUGACACCCCCACCAUCACCCCCACCCGCAGCUUCAUCAACCUGGCCGCUCCCAUCAACACCCGACGAAUGGAGUACGCCGAGUGCCGGACAAUAGGGUAUACUCCAGAGCAGAUGUACAACGUGGUGGCUAAUGUGGACCAGUACCAGCAGUUUGUUCCCUGGUGCAAGAAGUCUCGGGUCAUGAAGUCACAAAAUGGCGACAUCCGGGCAGAGCUUGAAAUCGGUUUUCCUCCUAUUGUAGAACGCUACACCUCUGAAGUCACCAUGGUCCCAAACCACCAAGUCAGGGCUGUGUGUAAUGAUGGAUCCCUCUUCAGCCAUCUUGAAACAAUAUGGAGGUUCACCCCCGGCGCCAAAGAUCUACCAGACUCCUGCAAAGUGGAUUUCUUUGUGUCCUUCGAGUUCAAGUCUCUACUUCACUCUCAGCUGGCCAGCGUCUUCUUUGACGAAGUGGUCAAGCAGAUGGUCAACGCCUUCGAGUCUCGGGCCGCACUACUGUACAAUAGCCAGCAGGGGGCGUCUGUGAGGAGGCGCUCAGCAUAACAGCCAUACUUCUGAUCCCAUCCACUCAGACCCGAACAACGCUCGUCCUCUCCAUCCACGUUUGUCUUUUACAGGAGACUGGAUCUUCUUUUUGCGUUCAAUCGUAUCUUACAUUCUGGUUGACGUGUACAUGGAAUAUACUUCAAUUAUUUAUACAAACACCACAUACUAAUUUAUUUACCUUCGUGUACAUACGGGUAUAUAUUUAUUUUAUGAAAAAAAGAAGUUUCAACUUAUAAAUCUGGACGAAUGGUUGUUUUGUAAGUGUGUGGGACUGUGACUUUUGCUCAGUGUUAAAUGUAUGAGGAUUAUUACUGUAAGUCUUGUCUAUGUUUUAUCAGUAGAAUAAAAAAUUCUUGUAUUAAA